GUCCUUCAAAGUGAAUAAAGAAAUCCUGUUCAAUGCAUAAUGAUCUCGUUGAGUACAUUCGUGGAAUGGUGCAAUAAAGGUCUUUCAAAAUUUGCUUUAGAUGCCGGCCGAAUGCAUCGCUAAUCCGUUGCAGCGGGAGUUGGCUGACUCGAUAAUUCGGAUGCAACCGCUAGAUGAAAUUCGAAUAUUACUCGCGUGUGGUGCCAAGCCUAAUGAUGCCGUCACUCAGGGCCUACGACCCCUGCAUUAUGCGGUCUGGCAAAGGUAUGAAGAUGCAGCCCAGCUUCUUUUAGUCAGGGGUGCAGAUAUUGAUGCUACAGAUGAAUGCGGUUAUUCCGCACUGCAUCUUGCAGCAGAGCACGGAUAUCUAGACCUUGUCAAGCUACUUCUCAAGUAUGGGGCUAAAGUCGAUCAUCGUGAGGACACUGGUGAACUAUUUCCUAGAACCACGUUGUGUGAUGAACCCCUGCGAUUGGCUUUGAGGAAUCGACACAUCGAAGUUGCAAAAACACUGCUUGAAGCUGGUGCUGAUCCUAACAAGAGAUAUUUUUUCGGCUCCGAAAUCAAUCUUGUCUCCCCCUUGGAUUUAGAAUGUAUGGAAUUACUUUUGGCCUUUGGUGCUCAUCCAAAUACGAGAGAUCGUGCUGGACUUACGCCUCUCAUGAAAGCUGCGAGAUUACCCCAGGGUAUAUCAUCGGUUCUUUUACUGCUGAGCCACGGAGCAGACGUAAAUGCAACGGCCGAUGCCAGACAUGACUAUCGAACAGUUUUACAUUACGCGAUACUUGGUGGGGAUCCAGCUGUCAUAAAUCUUCUUUUGAAACAGGGGGCCACCCUUGACCUCGGUGCUGACUAUCAAAAACCAACAGCCUUGGACUUGGCGAUUCUCAAGGGAGAUCCGUCGAUUGUGGAAAUGUUGCUUUUUGCAGGAGCAGAUGUAAAUGCAACAUCGCCAAUAAUUGGUUCUCCUCUACAUGUAGCAUGUGCAGACAACAUACCUAAUAGGUUGGAAGUUCUAUGCAUGUUAUUGGAGCGAGGUGCAGAUCCUAAUUUGGUGAUUCGAAGUGACGAGGGAUUAUCUUUAAGACCAGUUUUAGCAGAAUAUGUUGCAUCAAACCAAAACCCAUCUGUGGAAGUGGUAGCUUUGCUGCUAAAGUAUGGGGCCAGAGUGGUAAUCAAAACUCAAUUCAGAGACCCCCAUGGAAUCCUAAAUUCCCUUCAGAAUACAGCAGACAAGCCGAGGAUAUUAAAGGCGCUUUUAGAAGCUGCGGAGAGCUUUGAUCCUUGUAUGAUACGAAGAUCCAGUAGCUUAACAGACGCUCAGAAAGCUCUUGUUAUGGAAGCUGCGAUAACACCUUUACCUCUAACCCAUCAGGCGAGACUCAUUGUUCGUAAGCUCUGUGGUACGAAAUUGCCAAAAAUCGUUAGGAGGCUUCAAUUACCACAGUCACUACAUCGUUACCUUAUGUAUGACUUCUAUUAGUACUGGAUUUAUUAUUUCAGUCGUACUGAUUCCGACUUCACAACCCUCUACCGUGAAAAAUUGAUGAUAAAAGUGUAAGGAAACGUUCUUUAUUGUCCAGCGUGCAAAAUAAAUGCGACUUCCGUAUAUGUACAGCCGGCGGAAUGUGUGAAAUGGUGGCCCGACGACACGGACGAGAACGCGCUUACAAACCGCUUAUAUCCUUGCAAUCUUCAUUGGUCGAAAAGCCCACAACAGAUUUUGUACUUUUUCAACGCAUUGUUUAUCUCGUGCUCUAGAAUGAAAAAAAUAUCAUAUGUGGUAAGAGCGACGUUGGUCAAUUCCCACUCGUGUGAUUGCCGCACGAGCGAAGUGGGAUUGACUAACUUGUCGCCCUUGCCGCAUAAUAUAUGCAUUAUUUUUAUCAGGGUAUAUUCGAACGGGCUUUUCUAACAAAAUGGGCAGUUCUAAAAGUCACUUGGAAGAUGAAGAAAAGAAAAAGAGAAAGAAAAAAAGGUCGGGCAGUUUCAAAAAAUUCUUAGAAUAUACCCUGAUUUUUAUUAAAAAUUGCCUACAACUUAGAAGAGAGUCGGGUAGUAAUGUCCGCUUAAGCCUUUUUAUUAAUAACGUAACGCAUCGAUCAAAAUAGCAAUAUGAAACGUUAAUUAUAAUGUGAGUGCUUUUAUUAACACCUCCGAAGCAGAUAUUUUGAGAAUAAUAGAAUUGUUUACGCGCCUUUAUUUGAUUAAAUGUUUUGACACGUGCUAUAAAUAAUAAUGCAAGAGGUAGCAGAGAA